CAGCUGCUGAAAUGGGGCGAAUAGGAAUCCUGAAACUCUUCCAUUCACACCAGGAGACGCGAUCGAAAGACCAACCACGGAUCACCGAUCCUGUGGUGUUGCUGGCCGCCUGUGUUGGAAUAUCGGUGGACAGCAUUAGCUAUCUGAUUGAGUUGGGUAUGUGUGCCAACACCUGUUUUCCCCAGGGGCAUCGCCCGUUACAUGCCGUGGUGAAGUGUGGCAUCACUCGGUGCGAGGGGUCGUUCCGAGCACUUAUGGGCCAAUUUAAAAGGCGCGAGAUCUAUCAACGGUCAGACCGCACAACUAGGGACGCGGAUCUGCAUGGGAUUGCAACCAUAGGGACUGGAUCAGAGAUACCUGGCGUAAGAAUGGGACAAAGCUCGCACGAAAGACCCCUGAGAAGGCCUAUACACGUCACCAAUGGGAGAGCGGGCGAUAUCGCCUACACGCGGAGGCGUCUGGAGACGGACGAGACACACAGCAGUACGCACGGUGACACACACAACACUGCACAGGGAGAGAGGGACGAACGCAUACAGAGGUGGCCACAUAUCAGCACAGUAGGUGUUACAAACAGCCAUGCUCAUCACGCGGCAUCUGGGGCGUUGCAGAACGGUGCACGACAUGACGCUGACGAGAGUGUGCAUGCGCAUGCAGUGUAUGGCACACACAGCCGCACGCACGGUGGUAGCCGGGUGUACAAGACCAUCCCGCUGUUGACCAAAUGUCAAUUCAACUGUCACUACGACCGUAUCUGCACGUGCCAACACGAUCGGUAUAAAGUGAGCGACAGAGCGUUUGAAGUGUUUUGUUGGGUGGUGUGA